GGUCCACCUCAGCAUCGAACAUGAAUAUCGAUCUCUCGUGAGCCUCCUUGAAGCUCGCAGUGACCAGGAAAUGGGGCCACAUCGAGGAGACGCAUCCAGAAGAAGAUGGCGACGCUUCUGCGAGUGACGAUGCCCUCGAAGAUCAGACAUCCUGCCAAUGUUGUCGUCAAGAUCGAAAGAGAACCCACGCCUCUGCCCAAGAACUGGCCCACAGACGUGCAGUUUAUCAAUGACCAGACCUACUCUGCCGCCGUGACACCGGAUCUCAGGGACGCCUUGAGCAGGAUUGCGAACCUCAAUAACUCCCUCUCCAAAAUCCCCGCAGCCAUAUUAAGACCAUCGCAUCCCAUCAUCGCGAUCCAGACCAUCGCACCACAAACUCACCCAGCACACGGCGAAUGCGGCCUCUUUGCCGCCCAACAUCUACCCCCCGACUCCUUCAUCUGCCUCUACCUCGGCCUCGUCCACACCAACGACGCCUCCGACUCCGACCCCGCCUCCAACUACGACCUCUCCUACGACCGCGAUCUAGCCCUCAGCAUCGACUCCGCCAAAAGCGGCAACGAAUCGCGUUUCGCCAACGACUACAGGGGCAUUGCGGCGAGGCCGAAUGCGGAGUUUCGGGAUUGCUUGGUGCAAGUUGCGUCGGAGAGGCGGGCGGGAGGAGUCAAGUGGGAGCGGAGAGUGGGGAUUUUCGUGCUGUCGGCGGGCAAGGCUGGGAAGAGGAAGGCGGGCAUUGGGCAGGGGGAGGAGAUUCUGGUGAGCUAUGGGAAGGGGUUUUGGGAUAGUCGACAUGCUGCUGCGAUGGUGAAGUUGGAGGGAGAGUUGAAGGGGCAGACGUUGGAGUAGAGGUCUGUGAGACUAGCACGUUUGAGAGCGGACAUUCCGCGUGCCGAUUUUUGCAUAUAGCAUCUUGUUCAGCGGUAUUUACACCAUUCAGGCUUCGUGUGAAGGCGACAGAAGAAUGUAAAAAGGAG